UAGGAAUCUUGAGGUGGAGAAGCUCCAUUGUCUAGUUUACAGGAAGAAGAGAUUCUCUUAUUGUAUCGUCCCUCGGAUUACUUCAAAGGACUCCUGUUGGAGGGGUCCUGGAAGCUAGCACAUAUGCAAGGAGCUCCAAAGAUGGUAGAACAGUUGGGAGCCGAUGGGAAGACCCAGGGGUUCACGGAAAUCAAAGUUGUUGUUGUAGGAGAUGGGGGCUGUGGAAAGACAUCGCUGCUCAUGGUGUUUGCAAAAGGAGAGUUCCCCAAGGUCUACAUCCCAACAGUGUUUGAGAAGUUCUCUGCCCCCUUUCACUUCAGUGGCAAGCAAGUGCUUAUCAGUCUCUGGGAUACAGCAGGACAGGAAGAUUAUGACAGACUCCGCCCCCUCUCCUAUAGUGGGGCUCAUGCAAUUAUCAUGUGCUAUGAUGUCACCAACCUGACCAGCUUUGACAACAUUCUCACAAAGUGGUAUCCUGAAGUGAUGCAUUUCUGCAGGGGAAUUCCAAUUCUGCUUGUUGGGUGCAAGACAGACCUGAGAAAAGACAAAGUUCUGCUAAGGAGGUUACACCAGGACCAACAGGAGCCUAUCACCUACCAAAAGGGAGAGAGCUUGGCUCGGAGACUCCAUGCAGUUUCCUACCUUGAGUGCUCAGCCCAUUUCCAAGAGAAUAUAACUAACAUCUUUACAGAGGUCUCCAAAACAGCCUUGAGUAUCAUGAAGAAGAACCAGCGCAGGACCAAACAAAAAAGAUCUUGUCUGGUUUCCUAA